AUGUUGCUCAAAGAAUCCUUCCAUGAUGUCAAGACCUCCUACGGAACCACCAUGAGACUUUUCGUCUACCAUCCCGUGGUUCCCAACUACCCUCACGCCAAAUUUCCUGGAGUCAUUGUCUACUCGGAAAUUUACCAGGUCACCGGCCCUGUGGCCAGAUUCGCCAAAGAUAUCGCCGGACAGGGUUUCGUGGUUGUUGCUCCAUCUAUCUACCACAACUUUGAGUCGCACGAGGCAUUGGCCUACGACGAAGAGGGUACAGAUAAGGGAAACCGUUACAAGAUCGAGAAAGAGCUCAAGUCUUACGAUGAAGACAACAACUUGGCCAUUGAGUACUUGCGCAACUUACCUACUUGCACAGGCAAGAUUGGAGCCACCGGAAUGUGUUUGGGAGGCCAUUUGGCCUUCAGAGCAGCCUUGGAUGCUCGUGUUCUGGCUGCCUUCUGCUUCUUCGCUACCGACAUCCACAUCCAUGCUCUUGGAAAGGGAAAGAACGAUGACUCGUUGAAGAGAAGUGGUGAGAUCCAGGGUGAGUUGGUGAUGGUGUUUGGAGACAAGGAUACGCACGUUCCACUUGAGGGUAGAGACUUGAUUCGUUCGACAUUGAGAAAGAACAAGGUUCAACUUACAUUCAUUGAGGUCAACGAUGCGCAGCAUGCAUUCAUUCGUGAUGAGCAGUCGAAGGACAGAUACGAUCCCGGUGUGACAAAGGUGUGUUUCGAGUGGCUUCUUGACUUGUUUAACCGGAAGUUGAAGUUGGACUUGGGAGAGAAGGACACCAAGCCUGUGGCGAUCGAGCAUGUCUGUUAA